AUGGCGGAGGGAAUGCGCGACGAGCGAGGCUCGCAAUCGCGGUCGACGGUGCCGGCUAUCAUCACCACCAAUGCCUCGUCCUCGACCAUCGUCCAUCACGACCCCUCCACCUCGGCCACCAAUAGCCCGACCUUUUUCAAUCGCGGCGACCACAGUCCCAGCACCCCCAGUCCCGGCCUCCUCCGCUCCUCGCAAGGUUUUCCGUUCGGUUCGGUGUCCGAUCUGGCCUCUGCGUCGAGCGGCUACCAACAGCAUGGCCGAAAGGACUCCCGCACGCUUCCGGCGGCGAGCAACGGCUCUGUCAAGAAUCUGGCCUCCUCUCCGACGUUGGUGCAGUCCAGCGCCGACUCCAGCGCCAUUGAUCCCUUGUCUCAACAUAUCAUCAAACGCACCAACACCCAGAAAACCAUCCCCCUGAAGCUCCUGGGGCGCGCAUCGACCGAGGCGGAGUUGGGAGGAAGCGAUCCCCGGGGGUCUCUGGACCGUGGCUCCGCGCGGGGAGAGACGGUGUUGCACCCGAAGCCUCCCAAGGAGAAGAAGAAAGGUGUCUCUUUCCUCAGUCGCAUCAUCCCCGGUAAGAAGAAAGACCAGUUUCUUGAAGACGACGAUGUCUCCGAACCCGAAACCAGCCGCAUGGAUCCCGACGUCGCCGCCCAGCCGAUAGGGUUCGUUCCGCGUUUUCCUCCUCCCCCAAAAUACAUCCGCGUGCGCGCCAACUACAAGAAGGAGAAGACGUUUGACCGGGUCUUCCUGGCUCAGGAGCUGGACGGGGCCGACGACGGCGCCAGUGUGUCGGAACGGGAUGCGGCCAUCUCUACAGCCGGCCCGCAGAACGAGCGGUAUACGGGCAAGGCCAUCUGGGCGCUGGUCUUCUCAAAUGACGGCAAAUACUUGGCUGCGGCUGGCCAGGACCGCAAGGUGCGCGUCUGGCAGGUAGUGGCGUCUCCGGAGGAUCGUGACCCUAGUCAGGCUGAGGGCGCGGAUGAGGCCCCCCGGCUCAACGCGCAGGUGUUCAAAAGUCAGCCGGUCCAGGUGUACGAGGGCCAUACUGGCAGUAUCCUGGAUCUUAGCUGGAGCAAGAACAAUUUCCUGCUCUCUUCCUCCAUGGACAAGACCGUCCGGCUGUGGCACGUCAGUCGGCCCGAGUGUCUCUGCUGCUUCAAGCACAGCGAUUUCGUCACCUCCAUCCAGUUUCACCCGCGCGAUGAUCGGUUCUUCCUGGCUGGGUCAUUGGACACCAAGCUGCGGCUCUGGAGCAUCCCCGACAAGAGCGUGGCCUUUGUGGCCACGGUGCCCGACAUGAUUACGGCGGUGGCCUUCACUCCCGACGGCCGCUACUCGAUCUCGGGCAGUUUGAACGGACUGUGCAAUAUCUACGAGACCGACGGGCUCAAGGCCGUCGGGCAGAUCCACGUGCGGAGUGCACGUGGCCGCAACGCCAAAGGCAGCAAGAUUACGGGGAUUGACACGAUGGCGCUGCCACAUGGCGACCCGCACGGUGAUGUCAAGCUGCUCAUCACCAGCAAUGACUCCCGCAUACGGCUCUACAACUUUCGCGACCGCACCUUGGAGGCCAAAUACCGCGGCAACGAGAACUCGUGCAGCCAGAUCCGCGCGUCAUUCAGCAACGAUGGAAAACACAUCAUCUGCGGCAGUGAAGAUCGCCGCACCUACGUCUGGCCGGUGGGCCCCAUGGAGAAGGAUGCCGAUAAACGAGCGGUGGAGAUCUUCGACACCCAGUCGGCCCUGGUCACCGCGGCCAUCAUGGCCCCAACGCGAGCCAAGCAGGUGCUGGCCUUUUCAGAGGAUCCGAUCUUCGACAUCUGCAACCCGCCCCCGGUGACCCUAGUCAGCCAAGCCGACAAGGAGAACGGACGGACAAAUCGCAAUUCCGGCGCCAGCAAACUCGCCCAACAAUCUCCCACGUAUUUGUCGCGGUCCACGCAUCCGGACGGUAACAUCCUCAUUGUGGCCGACUAUGCCGGGAAGAUCAAGGUGCUCCGACAGGACUGCGCAUACCAGAAACGGCGCUACGACAGCUGGGACACGCAUUCCACCAUCUCGCGCCGCAUCCUCCGACGCACCAACUCGGCGCGCCACAGCAUCGCCUCAUCCAUCGGCAAGGAUUCGCUGAACAAGACGCCGUCCGAACGGAUCAUCUCCUGGCGCAACUCGGUCAUCCGACAUGGCAAUCGCUCCGGCAUGCGCACGCCACGCACCCGCAGUCCGUCUCCGCAUAAGUCGUUGCGCGACCUCCCCGGCUAUUCCAGUCCGGGUCGGACCCCGCGCCCCGACUCGCGGUCUGCCUUCACCACCUCCCCGCCCACCUCUGCAUAUAAGAACUCCCUGGACAGCCAGCGGUCGAGCGGCGACACGACCCGAAAUAACGGCCACAGCGCCGACCCGCCCCGGGGGACCGGCUCGACCUGGUUCCCUCGCGGGGGGGACAAGGAGAACCCGCUCUGGCUACAGGGCGACCAGAGCUACGCGUUCUACAACAAGAUCGCACAAGACGCGAUGGCGGUCCAGAACCGGAAACGGACCGACAGCAACAGACUCCUCAGUCCGCAUCGCUUAUCGGUGCCAGGAGAGCGCCAGCUCAGCCUGGGCAGCGCACUGAGCAGCGACUAUGCGUCGUCGAACGGGGACGGAGAGGACGGUGAGGUAUUAAAAUGCGAUAGUUGCCGGGGCACGAACUUUCGAGCAACCAAGGCACGCAAUGGCAAGCAGCGACUGGUCUGUGUGCGAUCUCACCUCCGCGCGGCGCCGCAAACACCACCAUCAGAAAUACCAGCUCACCAUCACAUUACCACCACCACCUACCUCACCUCCUCCACCUUUACAACUUACACUUCCUACUCCGACAACCAAGGACUACUACCCCCCCCCCAGCGCACCACCAAAAUGCCCUACCUCCCCACCUCACAAUCCUACCUCGAACAAUCCUCCCUCCUCCUCCAAGCCUACCCAGACACGAGAAUAACAACAAAAUACACCUUCCCCCACACAACCCCCAAACCCACCACCACACCCACAGAAACCACCCCCGCAGCAGCAGAAGCCAAACCCCCCAUCGCAACCCUCGAGCUCAAAACCUUCCACCCAGGCACAGGAAUCUGUCUAAAAUACAAGACGAAUAAGGGGGCGGAAGUGGGACGGUUGAUUACUUCUCUUGGGAAGUUGGCGGCGGGGGCGGAUGUCGAGGGACUAGGAUUGGGGAAUACCACUCUUCCGGGUGCUGCUGGUGCUGGGGAUGUAGAGAUGGGGGAUGUGAGUGGUAGUGGGUUGGGGACGCCGGUUGGGAAUGCGAAUGCAGAGGGAGAGGGGAAUGGGAGUGGGAAUGCGGGUGCGGGUAAGGGUGGGAAAGGAGGGAAGAAGAAGGGGGGGAAGGGGAAGAGGUAA